AUGACAGCACAAGUACAAUACAGUCUGGAGAACAAACGAAAACCACCCAGCCAGAACUGGUUAAUUUGCCUGCCACGUGCCGCUCGCUAUUGGCUGCAGGCGACUGAGGGACUGGACCAAGAAUGGGCAGCAACAAUGAAUGAGGACUGUGGAGGGCGGGUGGGGCAGGUGCCCAGUGGGGCUGCACUUGGGAAAAGGGCGGGCGGGCAGCGAGGCGGGAACCAGAGCGGGUGGGCAGCGAGGCGGGAACGGGAAAGGGAGGGCGGGCGGGCGGCCGUGCGGGAAAGGGAAAGGGCGGGCGGGCGGGAACGGGAACGGGAAAGGGAGGGCGGGCGGGAACGGGAAAGGGAGGGCGGGCGGGAACGGGAAAGGGAGGGCGGGCGGGAACGGGAACGGGAGGGCGGGCGGGAACGGGAACGGGAGGGAGGGCGGGAACGGGAAAGGGAGGGCGGGAACGGGAAAGGGAGGGCGGGCGGGAACGGGAAAGGGCGGGCGGGCGGGAACGGGAAAGGGCGGGCGGGCGGGAACGGGAAAGGGCGGGCGGGCGGGAACGGGAAAGGGCGGGCGGGCGGGAACGGGAAAGGGCGGGCGGGCGGGAACGGGAAAGGGCGGGCGGGCGGGAACGGGAAAGGGCGGGCGGGCGGGAACGGGAAAGGGCGGGCGGGCGGGAACGGGAAAGGGCGGGCGGGCGGGAACGGGAAAGGGCGGGCGGGCGGGAACGGGAAAGGGCGGGCGGGCGGGAACGGGAAAGGGCGGGCGGGCGGGAACGGGAAAGGGCGGGCGGGCGGGAACGGGAAAGGGAGGGCGGGCGGGCGGGAACGGGAAAGGGAGGGCGGGCGGGCGGGAACGGGAAAGGGAGGGCGGGCGGGCGGGAACGGGAAAGGGAGGGCGGGCGGGCGGGAACGGGAAAGGGAGGGCGGGCGGGAACGGGAAAGGGAGGGCGGGCGGGAACGGGAAAGGGCGGGCGGGCGGGAACGGGAAAGGGCGGGCGGGCGGGAACGGGAAAGGGCGGGCGGGCGGGAACGGGAAAGGGCGGGCGGGCGGGAACGGGAAAGGGCGGGCGGGCGGGAACGGGAAAGGGCGGGCGGGCGGGAACGGGAAAGGGCGGGCGGGCGGGAACGGGAAAGGGCGGGCGGGCGGGAACGGGAAAGGGCGGGCGGGCGGGCGGCCAGGCGGGAACGGAAAAGGGAGGGAGGGCGGGCGGCCAGGCGGGAACGGGAACGGGAACGGGAAAGGGAGGGCGGGAGGUCGGGUGGGCGGCCAGGCGGGAACUGUCCUCGUUCUUAA